CUGAAUACCGAACAAAUCUUAAUCCUCUGAAGAACCGAAAGAAACCGAUGGCUAUGCUAAAUGAUGGCCUAAACAGAAAUGCCUUUUACAGAUGGUCUUGUAAAAUACAAAGGCCCAAUAGGAAAUUGGCCUAAAACUAUGAAGAGAAACCCUACAAAUUAUCUGGAGUAAAAGAAACUAUUUGUCGUCGGAGAGAGAAAGAGAGAGAUUAGAGUUCUGAUGUUACGUAAACUUUUUUCAUCCUCUUUCAACAAUGUGGGGAGGAUUUCUCAGAUCUCUUCCCUCGCCAGCACCAUUCACACUUCGACUCCCAGUGCUUCACAGAAAAAGAUGAUCGUUUCUACUCUGAAAUCAACUUCGGAGUCAUGUGCCAACGUCUUGAGCAAGAUAGAGAGAGAAGAAGGGUUUCAAAUCAGUAGAUCUGAUCUAAACCGGUGGGCUAAACUGUUUGAGAAACAAGGGCAAACUCAGAAAUCUCUUGAGAUCCUUCGUUUCAAGGAAUUGAAAUAUCUGGCUCUCAUGAACCAUUUCAAGCUCUGCUCUGGAAAAAAAAACACCGACCCUGAUUACUUUGGGAGAAGUUCUCUCAAAACCGCUGCCUCUAUCAUCGCUCCUUCUGUCGUCCACAUCAAUUCUGGUUCGUCUGGCUCAGGAUUCAUUAUUGACAGUGUUGGCACGAUCAUAACAUGCGCUCAUGUUGUUACCGAUCGAGACCUACUUGUAAAUAGAGGAGUAUUUUGUGUUUAGAUUCUUUAGAACGUAUGAGAGAGACAGUAGUAGUAGAUAGAGAAAGAUGAAGUUGAGAAUAAAGAUAGAGAAAGAUCUAACUCUGGUCUCUUCCCUGUAGUUUUGUUCCUCUGUUACAAAUCAGAUUCUCUUUGAAUCUUACGAGAUAUGUUUCAGGGGAACAACAACCUCGAGAGAUUGCCACUGUAGUAUUUAAAUUUCUCUGAAACAAAUGGCGAGAGGAAGAGUGGGUGAGACAGAGGAAGGACUCGAAAAACACAUUGGUUUACUUUACUCAAACGGCGUCGUUUCUGCUCAAACGCUGUCGUUUUCUGCUCAGACGCCGUCGUUUUCGCCCAAACGCCGUCGUUUCUUCAAAGCUGUCGUUUCUGCUCAACGUUGCUCACACGAUGUCGUUUCUGCUCAUAUUCUCAUGAUAAAGAAUGUUAAGCACCAUUCACACUUCGACUCCCAGUGCUUCACAGAAAAAGAUGAUCGUUUCUACUCUGAAAUCAACUUCGGAGUCAUGUGCCAACGUCUUGAGCAAGAUAGAGAGAGAAGAAGGGUUUCAAAUCAGUAGAUCUGAUCUAAACCGGUGGGCUAAACUGUUUGAGAAACAAGGGCAAACUCAGAAAUCUCUUGAGAUCCUUCGUUUCAAGGAAUUGAAAUAUCUGGCUCUCAUGAACCAUUUCAAGCUCUGCUCUGGAAAAAAAAACACCGACCCUGAUUACUUUGGGAGAAGUUCUCUCAAAACCGCUGCCUCUAUCAUCGCUCCUUCUGUCGUCCACAUCAAUUCUGGUUCGUCUGGCUCAGGAUUCAUUAUUGACAGUGUUGGCACGAUCAUAACAUGCGCUCAUGUUGUUACCGAUCGAGACCUACUUGUAAAUAAAGAAAAGUUGGUAGUAACUUUGAGUAACGGCGAGCACUACAACGGUGUAGUUUGGAAGUACAUGAGUGAUAAGGAUGUUGCCUUGGUCAAGAUAGAUGGUCGCGGGACACUUACUCCUGCCAAGUGGGGUGAUGUCAAGAAAGUUUUUCUUGGAGAUCUGGUGUUGUGUGCGGGCUCAACUCUAGGUUUGUCUCACAGCUUCUCAAAGGGGGUCGUAAGCUGUCUCGAACGUACCCACGAGGAAAUAGGUAGUGAAGGCGCUAACAACUUAUAUCUUCAAACGGAUUGUGCUGCUAGUCAGGGUAAUUCUGGUGGGCCCCUUGUGAAUCUCAGUGGAGAGGUAAUUGGUAUGAUUGUUGGUGGAGAAAAAGAAGGGUGGAUUGAAUUUGCUUUGAGGCUUGACUCUUUGUUGAAAAUCUUGAAGACGAUGGGUUAUAAGCUUCCAAAUUCUGUGUUGGUUCAGAACUGAACUAACUGAGGUUUCUUGCGGAUGAGGGCUUGAUUUUGAGAAUGAUUGGCGUAAAGACUCAUUUUUUGGCGAUUUAAUGAGAUACUAAAGGUGGUAGUGUAAUGAAACAAUUAUUAGGGUCUUGAAACAUAAGCUUAGAUUGUGUUUAUGGUUACUACAUUCUGUUAGCCGACACUUGUUACUAAUCCUGUUUUGGAAAUAUGUAAGCCAAACCAAGGCAAAACUCAGUAACGUUCUCAUGAAGAAAAUUAAUAUUCACUUGAA